AUUUCUUCCCCCAAAACUCGCUUUGUCAGAGAAUAUCAGAUUUAAAUAUUAAAUUCACGAAGUUGUGUGUACCUGGAGAUACUUUUCCUAAACCCGAUCUUAGAGAACUCAGUUCACAAAGGUUUCAUUGCGCACCGCCUUCAGUUGUCAAAAUUGGAUGUAUGGAGUACAAAACCGCCGCUCUGGACUACAUAUCUUGAAUCCAAUGAAUUCCUGGAGGUGUAAGGCCUAUGAGCACAUCCCUGGGAGCUAGUGGGAAGUAAUGACGUCCCGAGUGAGUCCUCGGACUUCAGAAGUAAAUGCCUUAGAACAACGAGGUUAUUUCAUAGGCAAGAAAAUAGGACAAGGCUCCUAUGCCACUGUCCAUCUUGCCGAUUACGUGGAUGGCCAAAGUCCGCGAAAGAUGCGACUUGCUUGCAAGAUAUUCGACAAAGAAAAGGCGCCGAAGGAUUUCCUAGAAAAGUUUUUCCCUCGCGAGUUGGAAAUUUUGACGAAAAUAGAGAACACAAACAUAAUUCAAGUUCACAGUAUAUUGCAACGAGGACCACGCGUCUUCAUCUUCAUGCGCUAUGCGGAUAAUGGCGACCUUCUGGACUUCAUAAAGCGCAACGGAAUAGUACCAGAGCAACAGGCCAAGGUUUGGUUCAAGCAGAUGACACUUGGACUCCAAUACUUACAUGGCAAGAACAUUGCACAUCGGGACCUCAAGUGCGAAAACAUACUCCUCUCCCGCAGGUUCAACGUGAAACUGGCGGACUUCGGCUUCGCCCGGUUCUGCGUGGACCAGAACGGGCGCCGGGUGCUGAGCCACACGUACUGCGGCUCGGCAGCCUACGCGGCUCCGGAGGUCGUCAGCGGCACCCCUUACAACCCGAAGCUCGCCGACGUGUGGUCGCUCGGCAUCAUCCUGUACAUUAUGCUCAACGCCGGCAUGCCGUUCGACGACUCGAAUCUCCGCAGGCUUCUCAAGGAUCAGAUGGAGCGCAACUGGGUUUUCCGAACGCGCGUGCGGGACACGCUGUCGGCCCAGGCCAAGGCGCUGGUGAGGCACAUCCUGGAGCCGGACAUCACGCUGCGCAUCACGGUGGACCGCAUCCUCGUCCACGAGUGGCUGCGGGCGCGGAAGGACCGCUCGCUGGCGACCAGGAGCGGGACCGCGCCGCUGCCCGCGGCCAGCUUCCAGUCCAGGGGGUCGGUCGUGUCGCGCGCCACCGCCCCUCCGCCGAGUUCAGUCGCCAGCAAGGCGCGCUGACGCGUCGUGGUCGAGUCGAGUGCGACUGGAGCCACAAAGGCGAGAAUCUCGUCGAACCGAACUGCUAUUGUGAGGAUUAAUUUCUCAUUUGCGUCGCCUUCUUUUUUCUCUAUUGUGGAAAGAUGUCUCUCAAAAUGAACCACCUACAAUAUUGACAUCAAUGGAUUCUUCUGCUUACGCUUAUAUCUUCUGACGAGAUUGCAUUUGCAAGUUAAAACUUUUACCCACGUAAUUCUAUUUCCUGCGAGCUUUCUGAACAGGUGAAUGCUCAUCUGGGAAUAUGAAAUGGUGCAGAUAGUGGCGGAAAACUGAAAAAUCUAAUAAAAUUCGAAACGUACAAUAACAUAUAUUUCACACACUCUGUGUCAGCACUCGUCUUGGAGUGUAUUACCAUUUCGUAAUACAUUUCAUUCGAUCUUAUUUACCUUCUGUACUUUAUUGAAAAC